CAUUCGCCAAGUGAAACUGGAAACAGAGUGUCACCGUCUUGAAAAACCUGGAGAGGUUUGUACGGGACAUUGGUUGUUCCAGUUAGUUCAGUUCAAUUAAAGAAUUCUCGUAAAUCAUUUUGUGAAGUUUAAAAGUUCUGGAACUCAGUUAACGAACAAACGAAAAAGGACUUUCAGAAAAGUGAAAUGAUUAUAGCCGAGAAUCUUACCAGAAGUGUUGUGAGGCCAUUGGCAUUCACAGAUUUGGAGCGUGAUAGCCUUAAAGCAUUGGGAUGGAAUCUACCGCAAGAGGCUAUGCAUUUGGUACAUCCGCACUGGAGAGGCUAUCCAGCUCCACCAUUCUACUCGCACUUACUCCUUGGAUUAAUAUAUUUCGCGUUAAUGGUAUCAUCGACUAUUGGGAAUGGAAUCGUAUUGUGGAUUUUUACAACUUCAAAAUCCUUGAGAACACCAUCAAAUCUCUUUAUAGUCAAUUUGGCCAUAUUCGACUUGCUCAUGAUGCUGGAGAUGCCUAUGUUCCUGGCCAAUUCGUCUGCUGGACGACUUCUUGGAUAUGACCUAGGAUGCACAAUAUAUGCAGCGCUAGGAAGCGUUUCAGGAAUUGGGGCAUCCAUAUCCAAUGCUGUUAUUGCAUUUGACCGAUAUAAGGUUAUCUCAAAUCCAAUGGGAGGACGUCUCAAUUUCGUACAGGCUAGCUUACUUGUUUUGAUGACUUGGAUUUGGACAAUGCCGUUCACCAUCUUUCCAAUGUUGAAGAUUUGGGGCAGGUAUGUGCCAGAGGGAUACCUAACAACAUGUUCAUUUGAUUAUCUCAGCGAUGACCACGAUACUAAAGUGUUCGUGGGGAUGAUUUUCGUAUGGGCCUACUUCAUCCCGAUGGUGCUUAUCGUUUGCAAUUAUGCUCGACUUUUUAAACACAUUCAAGCUCAUGAAAGGAUGCUCAGCGAACAAGCAAAGAAGAUGAACGUGAAGUCCCUCCAAGUAAACGAUACCAACUCCACGAGUGCCGAAAUUCGGGUGGCGAAGGCAGCAUUCACGAUUUUCUUCCUGUUUGUAUGCGCUUGGACACCUUACGCAGCUGUUACGAUGACGGGAGCAUAUGGUGACAAGAACCUAUUAACACCCACCGCAACAAUGAUCCCGGCUCUUGCGUGUAAAAUAGUCUCCUGUAUCGAUCCCUGGGUUUACGCAAUCAGCCAUCCGAAAUAUCGGAUGGAAUUGGAAAAACGCGUCCCAUGGUUAGGCAUUACAGAAAAAUCUGUUUCCGGUACUGAAUCCACUGGAGAUACCCUUGAAAUAAAGGGAUAAUCGAGCAAAAAGGACUUUACAAAUUCUUAUAAACUGGAAAGCCCUUUGUGCCCUCGAUGAUUGCAUUUCUUUGACGUACGUAAUUUAAAGUAAAAUAAAUGGAUCUGGAUCAAUAAACAACUUUAUUGUAUCCUAGAUUCAGAGACUAAGAAUGAUUGAAAGGAGCAAGCAAAAACAAAACAUGAUAAUGAAAAUAAAAAAUUUCACGCAUU